UUCAGCCUGCUGCUUCAGUUUCUCAGUCAUCCCUGUUUCUCUCUAUAGAUCCUUCUUUCUACAGAUCCAGAAACAAGGAUGAACUCCGCAGUGUUGUUGAGAUCUAUCAAAUCUUCCCUUAAACAUGGUUCUUCUUCUUCAUCAUCAUCAUCAUCAUCGUCUCAUUUCCUCUGCCGUUCUUACUCGUCGGAGCCUCACCCAGAGCGCAAGGUCGCCGUUUUAGGAGCCGCCGGCGGAAUUGGGCAGCCACUCGCCCUCUUAAUGAAACUAAACCCCCUUGUCUCCAAGCUCGCUCUUUACGAUAUCGCCGGAACCCCUGGUGUUGCUGCCGACAUCAGCCACAUCAACACCAGAUCUGAGGUAAAAGGGUACAUGGGAGAGGAUCAGCUUAGGGAAGCACUAGAAGGAUCUGAUGUAGUUGUUAUUCCAGCUGGUGUGCCGAGAAAACCUGGAAUGACUCGAGAUGAUCUGUUCAAUAUCAAUGCAGGAAUUGUUAAAACUCUGUGUACUGCUAUUGCAAAGUACUGCCCGAAUGCUAUUGUGAAUAUGAUUAGCAAUCCUGUUAAUUCUACUGUCCCCAUUGCUGCUGAGAUCUUCAAGAAAGCGGGUACAUAUGAUGAGAAGAAACUGUUUGGUGUGACUACUUUGGAUGUAGUCAGAGCUAAGACCUUCUAUGCAGGGAAGGCUAAGCUCCCUGUGCAUGGGGUUAUUGUACCAGUUGUCGGUGGCCAUGCUGGGAUAACAAUUCUCCCACUAUUUUCACAGGCGACAUCUGCAGCUAACAAUUUGUCAGAAGAAGACAUCAUUGCUCUUACAAAGAGAACACAAGAUGGAGGCACUGAGGUUGUAGAAGCCAAGGCUGGAAAGGGUUCCGCCACACUCUCGAUGGCUUAUGCUGGAGCUACUUUUGCAGAUGCAUGCUUAAAGGGUCUUAAUGGAGUUCCGGACAUUGUAGAAUGUUCAUUUGUGCAGUCAAGCAUAACCGAGCUUCCAUUCUUUGCUUCUAAGGUGAGAUUAGGUAAGAAUGGCAUAGAGGAAGUUCUAGGGUUGGGCGAUUUAACCGACUUCGAGAAACUAGGAUUGGAGAGCCUCCUACCAGAACUCAAGUCUUCUAUUGAGAAAGGGAUCAAGUUUGCCCAUCAGGACUGAGAGACUUGUUUUCUCAGGAAGACCGACGCUAUUUUGUAGCAUUAGCGCGACACUUUUUCUUCUUUAAUGUUUGUUGAGCAGUUGGUUGAGCUAUAUUCUCAACCACAGAAUGUUUCCCUUUUAAAAUUAUGCUAAGAAAAAUAACACCAAUUAUUGCAAGCCAAGACCUUGCUUGA